CCAUCCUAUUUAUUCCAAAGCAGAUGUCAAAUGUGAAUAUAAUUGUAAUGAAGAUUACACAGAGUAGCAGACCAACCAGAUUUGGCCACAGAGUUUGAAAGUUCAAGGUGCAAAUUAUACUGUGUUCAUUGUCUCCAUCUUCCCCUACCUCUCUUGCUCUUUCUCCAAUGGCACUCAACAACCACCACCAUCUUUCUCUCUCCCUUUUUCUUCUAUCUUUUAUUCUUGCCACUCUUAUCACCUCUAGUCAAGGUGAUCAGAGGGUGUGGCAAGAUCGGUACCCAUUCAUCCAACGGGCGAGUUUGUUUUCAUCAUCAGAAUCCUACGGUGGAGAAAAGGAGUAUGACUACAUAGUUGUAGGUGGUGGGACCGCAGGGUGUCCACUGGCAGCAACACUAUCACAAAAUUACAGCGUGUUAUUACUAGAGAGAGGUGGUGUCCCUUUUGCAAACAUAAAUGUGUCCUUUUUGUCAAAUUUCCAUAUUACCCUUGCGGACACGUCAGCAAGUUCUGCUUCGCAGUUUUUUGUAUCCACCGAUGGAGUGUUUAAUGCGAGAGCUAGGGUGUUGGGUGGUGGUACUUCUAUUAAUGCUGGAUUUUACACACGAGCAAGCACAAGAUAUGUUAAAAAAGCAGGGUGGGAUGCAAAAUUGGUGAAUGAAUCGUACCCAUGGGUCGAAAAGCAAAUUGUUCAUGAGCCCAUAUUCGAACCAUGGCAACGAGUGGUUCGAGACAGUCUUGUAGAAGUUGGUAUUGCACCAAACAAUGGGUUCACCUAUGACCACUUGUACGGUACAAAAGUUGGCGGAACAAUUUUCGAUAAGUAUGGCCGUCGACACACUGCCGCAGAGCUACUAGCCUCCGCAAACGCAAAAAACCUCGAUGUUUUGAUUCAUGCCCGGGUUCAAAAAAUCAUUUUCGACACUACCGGUUUAAAACCGAGGGCGGUUGGGGUACACUUCAAAGACGAAAACGGGGCGCAACAUGUGGCCCAUAUCUCAAAACGACGGAGGAGCGAGGUAAUAGUAGCGUGUGGGGCCAUAGGAAGCCCACAACUACUAUUGCUUAGUGGAAUAGGACCGAAGGCUGAUCUCGAGAAGCUGAACAUUUCAGUGGUGCACGAUAACAAAUUUGUCGGGAAACAUAUGUCCGAUAACCCUUUGAACUCUAUUUUUGUGCCGUUUAAUAGGCCUGUUAAUCAGUCGUUAAUUGAAACGGUUGGGAUAACGAAAAAGGGCGUGUACAUUGAAGCAAGCAGCGGGUUUAGUCAGUCCCCCGAUAGCAUUCACUGCCACCAUGGUGUCGCCUCGGCUGAGAUUGGGCAACUUUCGACUAUUCCACCAAAAAGACGGACACAAGAAGCCAUCGAAGCGUUUAAACGAAACAAGAAAGAUCUCCCACAUGAAGCAUUUCACGGCGGUUUCAUAUUAGAAAAAAUCGCUUACCCAAAGUCAAAAGGGCAACUAGUUUUAAACAACACAAAUGUCGACGAUAAUCCAAUCGUCACUUUUAACUACUUUAGCCACCCGAAAGACCUCCGACAAUGCGUGAAAGGGAUCCAUAUUGUGAAAAAACUCCUGCGGUCCAAACCUUUCCUUAAUUUCACCAAAGGUAACAAACAAACGGUUGAAAAGUUGCUCAACAUGAGCAUAACCGCAAACAUCAAUAUGAUACCACGACAUACAAACGACACAAAAUCGCUCAAGCAGUUUUGUAAAGACACCGUAAUCUCAAUUUGGCACUACCAUGGCGGAUGCCAUGUCGGACAUGUGGUGAACAAGGAUUAUGAGGUCAUUGGGGUCCAUAGGCUUCGAGUCAUCGAUGGGUCAACCUUUCAUGAAUCCCCCGGCACGAACCCCCAAGCCACAGUUAUGAUGUUGGGCAGGUACAUGGGUGUGAAGAUAUUACGAGACAGAUUAGGAAGAUCGGCAGGUUUAUGAAUGAAGCGGCUGUAGAAAACAUGCGAUAUGGACGAUGCAGGAGAUAAUUUCCCGUGUACCGUAUGUAAUUUGUGUCAACAAAAUCAAUCAUCAAGAACUGAUAUGUAGAAAUUUAGGUAAGAAAAGAAUGAAAAGGUCAACAUUUUGACUUUUUUACUUUCUUUUG